AUGAUCGGCGGAGAACUUGUGACUGAGCUCGUAAAACAGCUCUUUUCUAUAUCUAGAAAAGCCUUCAGAUGCAGAGGCGUCGCCCGAAACCUCGCGACGAUGAUUGGAGAUGUUCAACCCACGAUCAAGGAGAUUCUCUAUAGCGGCGUCGAAGUGAGUGCUCAUCGCCAAGCUCAACUCCGUAUGUUCUCCGAAACCCUAGAAAAAUGCAGGAAGCUCACGGAGAAUGUUCUCAAAUGUCACCGUUGGAACAUGGUUCGUCAGCUAUACCACGCUAAGAAAAUGGAAGAUUUACAGAAGAAAAUCUCGAUUUUUCUUCAGGGUAUGCCUCUACAUAUCCUCGCUGAUGUUCAUCAUCAUCGGGUCGAUAAUGAGGUCCGAUUAAAUCGGAUUGAUAGGAAUGUUGAUAGUUUGAAUGAGAAAUUGGGGGUUGGAUUGGAAUUGGGGAAGAGGAAAGUGAAGGAGAUGAUGUUCAAUUUGAAAGAUGAAGGAAGAAGACUUAUUGGUAUCUCAGGGAUGAGUGGUUCUGGGAAAACCACUCUUGCUACAGAGCUUGAGCGAGACGAGGAAGUUCGAGGGCACUUUGGGAACCAGGUUUUGUUUCUGACUGUCUCACAGUCUCCCAAUAUUGAAGAGUUGAGGGCAAGUCUAUGGGGAUUUCUUACUGGUUAUGAUGGUGGCUUUGAUGCCACUGUUCCGAAAUCGAUUGGUGAAACGCAGAAGAAGCUAGUGAUCCUUGAUGAUGUUUGGACAAGGGAAUCUCUGGACCAGCUAAUGUUUAAAAUUCCUGGAACCACAACGCUUGUGGUCUCACGAUCUAAACUUGCAGAUUCGGGAGCCAACUAUGAUGUGGAGUUACUAAAGGAAAAUGAAGCAACAUCUCUUUUCUGUCUCUCUGCUUUCGACCAGAAAUCCGUCCCUUCUGGGUUUAGUCAAGAUUUGGUUAAGCAGGUUGUUAAGGAGUGUAAAGGUCUACCUUUAGCUCUGAAAGUGAUCGGUGCUUCAUUGAAAAACCAACCUGAGAAGUAUUGGGAAGGUGUAGUGAAGAGGUUAUCAAGAGGUGAACCUGCUGAUGAAACUCAUGAGAGUCGAGUGUUUGCUCAAAUCGAAGCAACUCUAGAAACUCUCGACCUAAAAACCAAAGAUUGUUUCUUGGAUAUGGGUGCAUUCCCUGAAGACAAGAAGAUUCCUCUUGAUGUUAUCAUCAACAUGUGGGUUGAGAUGCAUGAUCUCGAGGAAGAAACUGCUUUUGCUCUUCUUGUUGAUUUAUCAAACAAGAAUCUCCUCACUCUCGUGAAAGAUCCAAGGCUUGGUGCUCAGUACACUAGCUACUAUGAUAUAUUUGUGACGCAGCAUGAUGUUCUAAGAGACCUAGCCCUGCAUCUUAGUAACCGUGGGAAAGUUAAUAGAAGAGAGCGGUUAUUUAUGCCGAAAAGAGAGACGGUGCUUCCUAGAGAAUGGGAGAGGAACAAUGAUGAGCCAUACAAUGCCCGGGUAGUUUCCAUUCACACAGAGGAAAUGAGUACUAUGGAAUGGUUUGACAUGGAACUCCCGAAGGCAGAGGUUUUGAUAUUAAACUUCUCUGCGGACAACUAUGUCCUGCCACCUUUUAUUGCUAAGAUGGGCAAGCUUAGGGCGCUCGUGGUUAUCAACAACGGUAUGUCUUCUGCGUGUCUACAUGACUUCUCCGUCUUUACCAAUUUGGCUAAACUCAGGAGUCUCUGGCUCGAGAGGGUUCAUGUCCCCGAACUCUCUAGCAGUACGGUUCCUUUUAAAAACCUCCACAAGAUGUCUUUGAUCCUUUGCAAGAUCAACAAUAGUUUUGAUCAGACAACAUUGGACAUGUCCCAACUCUUUCCAAACUUAUAUGAUCUCACAAUAGAUCACUGUGAAGAUCUUGUGGAACUAUCUUUGACCGUCUGUGGAAUCACCUCUCUCAAGUCCAUCAGCAUAACACAUUGUCCCCGGAUCAAGGAAUUGCCUAAGAACAUGAGUAAGCUAAAAGCCCUCCAACUUCUGAGGCUAUACGGUUGCCCGGAGCUGAAAUCUCUGCCGGUAGAAAUCUGUGAGUUGCCGAGUCUAAAGUACCUUGACAUCUCUCAAUGUAUGAGCCUCAGUUCUGUUCCGGAGCAGAUAGGAAAGCUAAGGACACUUGAGAAACUGGACAUGAGAGAAUGCAGCGUAUCGAGCAUACCGAGCUCUGCGGUUUCAAUGACUUCUCUACGCCAUGUAAUAUGCGAUGUAGAGGCUUUGUGGAUGUGGGAAGAUGUUGAGAAGGCGGUUCCAGGCCUUCGUGUUGAAGCAGCUGAAAAAUGCUUCAGCCUGGAUUGGCUCGACGAGUAG